CUUCGGGUCAUCGGGACCAGCUUCCGCGAGCUUUAUGGGAGGGUCGCAAUUUUUCUAUUAGGCCUAAACAUUGAUGAUCCUUGUUGAUACUUAUGGAAAGUUCAGAGUCCUGCCAAGGAUGGACCCCCUGGGUGGCAUGGAGCAGCAGUGUGAGGAUGAGAAGGCCCCGAGACCAAAUCGAGAGCCCACGCUGUGGCAAGCCCUUCCUGUUCUGUCGGAGCAGCAGUCUAGGGACGUGGAGCUGGUGCUGGCCUAUGCAGCGCCCAUCCUUGACAAGCGCCAGACCUCACGUCUCCUCAAGGAGGUGUCAGCUGUCCACCCAUUGCCUGACCAAACUCACCUUAAAAGGGUUCGGCCAAGCCGUGAUGCCAGCCGUCCACACUUGUUGGAGAUACUGCUAUGCCUGGCAGAGCCAGCUGCAGGCAAGCGAUCACUGGCUGAGCUCCUUCCACAGCCAGCAGUGGAUCCCCGAGGCCUGGGGCAGCCCUUCCUGGUGCCUGUGCCUGCCUGGCCGCCCCUGACCAGGGGCCAGUUUGAGGAAGCACGUGCCCACUGGCCCACAUCCUUCCACGAAGACAAGCAUGUGACCCGUGCCCUGGCUGGGCGGCUUUUCUCAGCACAGGAGCAGGUCGAGAUGCAGGGCCACAUGGAGCGGGCUGUAUGGAUGGCGCAACAGGCAGCCACCGGGGGCCUGAGGGCUGUGGGGGCUGUGGUGGUGGACCCGGCCUCAGGCCAGGUGCUUGCCAUGGGCCAUGACUGCAGUAGCUCAGCCAACCCCCUGUUGCAUGCCACCAUGGUGUGCAUUGACUUGGUGGCCCAAGGCCAGGGUCAAGGCACCUAUGACUUCAGGCCCCACCCUGCCUGCUCCUUCGCCCCAGCCUCGACCCACCAGGGCAUCCAGGCCGUCUCUGUGCGUACACUGAAUGAGGACAUGGACAUGGACGAAGACGGCCUCCCCUAUGUGUGUACUGGUUACGACCUCUACAUUACCCGUGAGCCCUGUGCCAUGUGUGCCAUGGCCAUGGUGCACUCCCGUGUACAGCGUGUCUUUUAUGGGGCACCCUCUCCUGAUGGUGCCCUGGGCACCCGCUUCCGCAUCCAUGCUCGGCCUGACCUCAAUCACCGUUUCCAGGUGUUCCAUGGCGUGCUAGAAGCCCAGUGCCGCCAGUUGGACCCCGACACAUAGAUGCUAUGCUUGCUGGCUCCAGACUGUCCUUUGUUCUGCCAGCCUCAGCCUCCUCUCAGAUCCACUUACGCCCUGGCUCCCUCAUUGUUGUCCAGGGGCUGCGAUCCUAUCUGUGGAUUUCAGGGACACACCUGCCAGCCCUGGAACCCGUGCCCAUACCUUUCCCACUGGUGUGUGGGCUGCAUUUCUGCAAGAUUUUUCCUGGGCUGGAGCUUAAUGGGGGCCCAGCUGGGCCUUGUUACUGGGCACUCAGGCCUCCCUCCUUCAACUGCCUUUACCCUGAGCCCACUGGUCCACUGGGAUUGUGUCCCCUGUAUCUCAAGUCUGACCUGUGAAAAUAAACACAACCCUCAAACCAGGUUGGUGUCUGUUGACAAUUGUGGGGCUGCUUCCAUUGAGGGCCUGGGUGUAUACAGCAGGAGGGGAGCUUCUGAAUCAAAUGUGUAUGGCUGGCUAGGGUGUGUCUGGACUCAGCUGAUCAAAGGCUCCUUUGGGACUAUCCCUUUUCUGCUCUUUCUCAGGUGGCCAGAGGGGUCUCCAAAGGCUGAUGCCACAUAGCAUUCAGCACUAGAACCAACUUGUUUGUGUGGGACUUGGAGUAGGCUGUUUGUCCAUCCAGCAACCAUGCACUGUCUGACCACAAAGGCACUGUAGGGACUUCAGGACAUCCCUGUCCCAAGCUGACCCUUAUGUCCCUGGGGAUGCUCCAGCCUGUGGGGGCAGGGCAGGUGGGGCUCUACCUGACAGCCAGUGCACUGGACAGACAGACAUUGGUGGGGCAUGAGCCUGCCAGGCCUGCAGGGAGAGCCAGCCAGGGCAGGACAGAGGGUCUCAUUGGGGACAUCGAUAAGCAGAAGGGUGGGCUCCAUGGAACUCACCAUCACUGGAACCUUCUAGCCUGGACUGUAGGUGAGGAAGACGUUCCCAGUGCAGAGCCUAAAGCAUGGCUCCUGGCCCCCUUUGGUGCCAAGGGUUCCUUGGAGCUUCACGUGAGUUGCAGUGGGGUCCUUGGCCUUGCGAGGCUCAUAG